GCUUUACUGCGGACUCAAUUACGACGACGCUCCAUCCGGUUGGCUUCGCUGCUUCCCCCUUGAGUAAUGGGCAUGUAGAUAAUCAGUUAUAGUCCUUAUUAAACUUAUUCUACCACAUGGUUAUCGUCCUCAGAAGACAUCAUGUUUAGUUGGAAGGCGCUGCAGAAGAACAAGACAGUGCGAUAUGGCGUCCCAAUGAUGCUGCUGAUCGUCGGAGGCUCCUUCGGGCUGCGGGAGUUCACUCAGAUCCGCUACGACGUGCAGAAGAUCAAGAGAAAGAUGGACCCCUCCCUCGAGGCCCACGUGAACACGAAGCGGCAGGCAGGGUUGCUGCAAGAGGAGUACCAGAAGCUGCAGGAGGUGAAGCUGGACGAGUGGAGGAACAUCCGGGGCCCGCGGCCCUAAGACUCCAAGGAUUACCAGGAGCAGCAGCGCUCCCGCCAGAGCCCCGAGGCCUGA